GUGCUGGUGGUGUUGGUGGUGAAGGAGGAGGAGGAGGAGGUUGUGGUGGUGGUGGUGGUGGUGGUGUUGGUAGAGGAGAGGAUAGGUCGUAGCGGCAGGAAGAGAUCGUCGUUAUAGGGGGAGAUCGCCAUAGCUGAUCGUACCACCCAAGGUGGCACAGAUUGAGAGGCCCCAUCAGCGUAACAUCCUCUCGACAAUUCGAAGCAUUUCGCGAACUGCCGUUGUUCCUCUCUUUGAUAUCACCUUAUUCAUUUCUUUCCUUUCUCUAUCUUUAUUUCCAUCUCCAUCUCUUUUCUUUCUUUUUUUCCCAUUUACUCCUUUAUCCCAUCUGACCUAAAGUUGAAGACUCUUCCUGAACAUUCGGACGCAACACAAUUAUUGGACACGUGAGAGAAAAGGAGAAAUCUCCAACAAGGAGAACACCCUUUUCCUCCUCUUUCUCCUCCACUGUUCUAUCACCUCUCUUCUUCCUACCCACUCGAUCUCGUUCUUCUCGUCGAGUAACAGCACGCAUCGGACACUUCCGGCUUUGCGGAAGCAACGCUCCAUGUGAACGACUGACGGGGAUCACCUCACCUCUCUCGCGACUCAAUCCAUUCAUCCAACAACGAUUUCGUCAUGGAGACCGCUACCGAACUAUCUCCUUUGUCUGGCCCGGAAAAACAAGGUAGGGUAGAAAGGACAUCUUAUUAUCCGCAAGAGCCAGGUAAAAGGCCGCAAACAAGGAAAGAAAAGAUACAAUCAUGUCUGAAGCACAAUGCCUUGACAAUGUUAACCGUUGGUGGCGUGGUCGGUGGUGUUACCUUAGGAAUAAUCCUAAGAAAUUCCCGAACCGAUAGAUUUACAAACCGUGAGGUCAUGUAUAUCAAUUAUGUCGGCGAUCUAUUUCUAAGAAUGCUCAAGAGUUUAAUCCUGCCGCUCAUCAUGUCAAGUUUGAUCUCAGCUAUUGGAUCCUUGGACUUAUCUCUCAGCGGUAAAAUUGGUGCACGUGCUAUUUCAUAUUACAUGGUCACAACGAUUAGCGCUGUCGUACUCGGUAUUAUUCUGGUCAUAUCUAUUCAACCAGGCGUAGGCAGUACUGCUAGUCAUGCUGAAAAAGCUCUUGCUCAAAAUUCAUCGACCGUUGAUACGCUAUUGGAUUUAGUUAGAAACAUGUUCCCUCCGAAUCUGGUACAAGCAUGUAUUUCUCAAAUGCGUACAGUAGUUAAGAAACCCGUGGACGGUGACCCAGACGAUAUGGAUAACUGGGACUUCACCGAAAAGGACAUUCCUGGUAUGAACAUCCUUGGUUUAGUCGUUUUCUCAACCGUAUUGGGUAUCACUCUAGGAAAAAUGAGUCAGGAAGGAAAACCGCUUCUUAAUUUUUUCGAAUCCUUGUCAGGUGCCAUGAUGGUAAUCACCAAUUGGGUAAUUUGGUUGUCACCCGUCGGUAUCCUCUUUUUGGUAGCUGCAAAAAUCGUAGAAAUGGAAUCAUUGGAGCAAGUGGUCGCUCAACUUGGCAUGUAUUUUCUAACAGUUCUAAUCGGCCUCUGUAUUCACGGUUUCAUCAUAUUACCUGGAUUGUAUUUUGUGAUAACAAAAAAGAAUCCCUAUCGUUAUCUAUCCAACUUGGCACAGGCAUUGGUCACUGCAUUUGGUACAUCGUCAAGUUCCGCGACAUUACCAGUUGCUAUUAAUUGCCUUGAAGAAAGAAACGGCAUUGACCCACGAAUAACCAGAUUCGUAUUACCGAUUGGAGCUACGAUUAACAUGGACGGUACUGCUUUGUACGAAGCAGUAGCCGCAAUUUUUAUAGCGCAAGUUCGCGAAGUCAGUCUCAGUUUUGGACAACUAGUGGCGAUCAGUAUUACUGCAACUGCCGCAAGUAUCGGAGCAGCUGGAAUCCCGCAGGCGGGAUUAGUUACUAUGGUGAUGGUUCUAGACACAGUACAUCUUCCAUCGAACGACGUCUUCCUUAUUCUCGCGGUUGAUUGGCUAUUGGAUCGCUGCAGGACGACAGUAAAUGUUAUGGGAGAUUCCCUUGGUGCAGGAAUCGUUAAUCAUUUAAGUAAAAAUGAAUUAUCGGCAUUACCGCAACAUAGACAAAGUCAAAAUGGAGCAGAUCACACAAUAUCGAUAUGAAAUGUGUAAGUGUGUUCACAAUUCGAAUACAAUAAUGCAUUAGUAGCAUUUAUUGGCAAUUAUUUUGCGAUUUUAAUAUAGUCGUUUAUUCAAUUAUAACGUCAAUUCCAACGAAUUUCUAAUUGUGACUCAUUUUGCUGUUAAAAUAAAUCUAUUAAAGAAACGUGAUUAUUCAUUGGCUAUCUGUAUAUUGUUUUUAAUCAACAAUGAAUAACAAAAAUUGUAAUGAGAAGAAAUAUAUAUAAAUAUGUAUAUCAUAUACAUCAUAACGAUUUACGUAAAAAAUCACGAUUAUUAUGUGCGAUCAGUAAAAUACUGCCUAUCUUAUUGGAGCUAGUUAUUUCAAAUGUGUUCUCUCUUUUACGUAGCAUUGAUAUAUAUUUAUAUCGAAAAUUUUAAUAACAUUAAUAACAGAUCGCGAUCAAUUUAUUUUAGGAUCGUUAUUAUACGACUAUUUUAGGUUUUGAUUUAGUGUUAGAAAAUAAAUAAUAGUAAUAUAAUAACGACAAUAAUUACGAUAAUACUCGUUUCUUGAAUUACUCAAUAGUGUUCUCUAUAGUCUCUUUACUUGUCUGAUUAUAAUAUAAUAUAUAUAGUAUAUUAUUUUGAAUCAAAUACGUAGGUGAGCUGACAAGUUCUCAGCCUUACAUAGAAAUAAUGUUUUUUUAUCAAACAAACUUUUAUUUAAAAGAAAAUAAAAAUCUUUUUUGUUGAGGCUCAAAAUUUUUCAACCCACCUAUGUAUAUUGGUCUUGGUUCCAACAUUAUUAUCAUUAAAUUGGUAUAUUUAUGUAAAAAUAUAACAUACAUUUGCUAACUGACAAAGAUAAUAGGUUUUCUAUACAUAUAUACGUAUAUGUAUACAUAAAUAGACUUUGAACAACAAAUUUCAAGCUAUUUAAAUAAAGUUCUAAUUGCAGCAUUUUUCGAUCCUUGCUGAUUGCAAUGAUGAAACCUAUAAGCUUACCUAUUAUGAUUGGAUCAAUGCAUAUAUAUAUAUAUAUAUAUAUAUAUAUAUAUAUAUAUAAAUGCACAUGCAGACGAUUGAAUAUAGUAUGGCAUUGACUUUACUAAAUUUAAUAAUGCGAAAUAAUGUCCAUUCCAUGGUAUAAUGUUAAAAUGUAUAGUAAUAAUACAUGUUAUCAUUAGGCAUUUAAUUUGUCCUAUUGUAGUUAUGAUAAUAAAGAUAUUCAAUUAUAAGUAACAUAAACUAAGAUAGAAGAAA